AUGCCUGCCAAGUCUAUAAAGUCCAUGAGAUGCGGAGCCGUGGCUGUGGUGGCUCUGCUUCGUGCAGCCGAAGUCGUGGCCUUUGAGCCUUUCGACGUGCUGCAGGCCAUCAAGAGCGACGUCUUCCCUGACGUCUUACCCUUCUUGGAGGAGAAGCGAGUCCUGUUUGCGGAUGGUUUGGAUCAGAAUUUGCUGCCUCGAGACGGUUUGGAGGACGUGCUUGCCAGCCCAAUCGUGCCUUUCGAUGAUGUUGCUGAAGGAGAUCGCCUUGAAGUGAUUGUAAACGGCUCCGAAGACAUUCGUCGAAGCUCCACUUGGGAACCGUGUGUGGUCCUUGCUCACAACCUGCAGACCGGCAUCUUGGAUUUGGAACUGACAGCUCCAAGCCCACGUGCUGGCCAGCAUGUAAGGCAAAGCUGGGGUCUGGCGAGACGGUACCCGUGGCGCUACGUCACGGUAAAGGCGAAUGACACGAUCUUCGUUGGAACUGCCAGCGGCUGGCAGCCAGCGAAAGUCCUUAGCAAAGCUCCCGAAGAUGAUACCCUCGACCUGGCCUUCCCCAGCGGAGCGAAGCUGCAAUCCGUGCGGCCGCGCAUUCGACACAUGCAAGAUCAGGCUACGCGCUUUGAUCAAGGUGACUCGUACAGCGACGUGGCAGAAGGCGAACGCAUCAAGGUGGACACCUCGCGUGGUUGGGAGAUUGCCUCCGUCGUGAAAAAACAUGAAGGAUAUGAAGGCACCAAGUCCCUGGACAUUGAAAUGUUCCCGGACGGGGAAAGAUUUGAAAGCUGCAAGCCCCUUAUCCGAAAGCCCAAGACCAAAGCAAAUGAGACUGCGUUGGCACUUUGGGCAGAGAAUCAGCGGCUGCGAAGACGAAUAGCCAUAUUGUCGAGCCUGAGAGCAAUCUUCACCUCGACGGCUCUUGCGAAAGUGGCCUGGUAUAUCGCACGCCACCAUAUCGAUGAGUAUGUACAAGAAUACAAGCACAAUGGAAUCCCGGAUGAUCCAGACUUUCGUGAAAACAUGCGGCUUUGGGGCCUGUCGUAG